CCAUAGAAAGUGUAACAGGCUGCCAGACUUAAAGAUGUUUAUAUAUCAACUUGAUCGUAUUCGAUGUUAAACCAACGUGUAUUAUAUGUGAUAAGUAAGGUGUUGUCUCCGAGGCAUUUGUCUUCAAUGUCUUUCGCUAAAAUACGGACUGUGCUGGUCGAUCUUAGUGGCACUUUACACAUCGAUAAAGAUGAAAUUCCAGGUUCGAUAGCAGCAGUUAAUAGGCUAUCCCAGUCUGAUCUGAACUUAAAGUUUGUCACCAACACGACCAAGGAGUCCAAACAAUGCUUACUUGACCGACUGACCAGUAUUGGAUUUAGUGUUCAGCCCUCUCAGAUCUUCACCUCUCUCACAGCUGCUCGUUGCCAGAUAGAUAAGAUGGGAGUGCGUCCUUUCUUAAUGCUGGACAAAAGAGCGUUGGAGGAUUUUAAAGGACUGGACACCACUAACCCAAAUGCUGUAGUGAUAGGCUUGGCUCCAGACGAUUUUAACUACCAGACUAUGAACACAGCUUUCAGAUUGAUUGUUAAUGGUGCGGCCUUAGUGGCCAUUCACAAGGGAAGGUAUUACAAACGUCCAGAUGGCCUGGCUUUGGGUCCAGGCCCAUUUGUGUCAGCCCUAGAAUAUGCUACCGAUCGGAAGGCUGAUGUUGUCGGGAAACCAGAGAGAUCAUUCUUUUUGUCAGCCAUUGAAGAGUUCCAGUGUCGCCCAGAAGAAUGUAUCAUGAUUGGAGAUGACGUGCGAGAUGAUAUAGGGGGCGCCAUGGCAACAGGCAUGUAUGGGAUUUUGGUGAAAACAGGAAAGUACAGAGAUGGAGAUGAAAACCAAAUUGACCCGAAGCCGACGUUUACCGCUGAUAAUUUCUCAAAGGCUGUGGAUCAUAUCUUACAAAACUUAUGAAGACUUACUUAGAUCAUCGGUCUGUUUCCUGUUCUAUGUGAAGUAGGAAUCUAGCACUUUAAAAGUAGAUAUUCCAUUGUCGUAGCUACAUAUAUUGUGAUGGUAGAGUGUUAUAAGUGUGUUGCGAUAACAGAUAUGUCAAAUACCGGUAAAAUGAGAGUCAACCAUCAGAUGAAAUGUCAUCACAUUGCACAAAAAACAGACGUUAAGAUAUAGAGAGAAUGAAAUGUUUUCAUAAAACAAACAAAACUUACUGUGGAGGUAAACAUUUUAGCGUUUAUCUUAUUUUAGCGCUCUUGUGCAUUUUCUGUAACUGUUGUAACAGCGAUAAUGCAUUCACGAAUUCGUGUGAUACCUUUGUUGAGAUGUUUGUUAGUAAAAGCCUCGAACAAGUCAUACUACACUAGCAGUGAUUUGUUCAUGUGUCAAAAUUCAUAAUUCAUUUUGUGUAGAUCUGGACGGUUAUACAUGACCCUUUUUAUAUAUUGUGGUGUGAAUAGGAUGACAUUUAACAUGUGUAAAUAUAGGUUGUAAUAUUGAUUAUGAAACAUAUCGGAAUACUAUGUGAGUUGUUGUAUCAGGGCCUAUCCUGUCGUUAAAUUGCUGUCUUGUAUGGCAUUAUCCACAACACCUGGCAGCUACCAAAAAAUCAAAUGAAAACGUACUGAAAAGCUGCUCUGGUAUUUCGUCCAUGUCAUGGCGUUAACCUGAAAACUUUCUUCACCAUCGUUAAGUGAUAUGGAACUUUUGCAGAAUAAGCUGAGAAGCAGUUAUGGUACAAAACACGGAAAGACAACAUUGAGUACAUGUAAAUGACAUUUUCACACCCCUAUAUAUUAGAGCUGGCCUAUCGUCAUGUGUUGUCUUUGUUGGUGACCUACGAGUUUCAAGUUGAGGAAGGUAUUAAAACAGUUUUUUUUUGUA